GCGGCUGGUCUGGUCUCAGGAGCAGAGUCGCCCGCCGCAGGGACGGCAUGGAGCCGAGACGUCGGGGGCUCCCGCUGGCUUUCCUGCUCUUGGUUGCGUCGGCGCCUCCAGUCGACGCGCAAUACGAAAAAUACAGCUUCCGCGGCUUUCCCGAAGCUGAGCUGAUGCCGCUACAGAGCGCCUACGCCUAUGCGUUAGAGCAGUACGAGGGCGAGAACUGGAGGGAGAGCAUCCGCUACUUGGAGGCGAGUUUGCGCCUCCACCGCCUGCUCCAAGACAGCGAGGCGCACUGCCAUAAGGAAUGCGCGGGGAGCGAAGAGCUGGGUACCGGCCCGGUUCUCCCAGAGCUCGCACAGGGCGCGCAGAAGAGCCCGUCGCCUUCGGAGCUCCUGAAAGACGCUGCGCUUGCAGAGCUGGAAGACAGCGCAGGAUGCGGCGCAAAUGCUUCAGGGGGCACGCCAGGCGGGGGGCUCCCGGACCAGGAGAUGGAGCUCUUCGGGCUCGUCCUCCAGCGCGCCUCCUGCCUGCGGAGGUGUAAGCGCAGCCUUCCCGUCUUUCAGCUCAGCUACCCGCCGACCGAGACUUUGCGGGACUUUCAGCGGCGCAUUCCCUACCAGUACCUGCACUACGCGCUGUUCAAGGCAAAUAAGGUUGAGAAAGCAGUAUCAGCUGCUCAUACAUUUCUGCAGAAGAAUCCCAAGCAUGAGAUGACCCAAAAGUACCUCAGUUAUUACAAGACUAUGGUUGAUGUGGAUGAGUACCUUGUAGACUUGGAAGCACAACCAUACGAGACGGUUUUUGUCCGAGCAGUGAAGCUUUACAAUAGUGGAGAUUUUAGGAGUAGCAUUGCUGACAUGGAGCACGCACUGUCCAAGUACUACGAGGCCUAUGAAAAUUGCCUAGCUGGCUGCGAAGGUAGCUAUGAGCUCUGUGAAUUUAAGGACUUCUAUCCAGCCAUAGCAGAUCAUUUUGUUUAUGUCCUGCAGUGUAAAGUGGGUUGUGAGGUUGACCUGACCCCAAAUGUAGGCGGCUAUUUUGUGGAGAAAUUUGUGGCCACGAUGUACCACUAUCUUCAGUUUGCAUACUACAAGUUGAACGAUAUUAAGAAUGCAGUACAGAGUGUAGCUAGCUACAUGCUCUUUGAUCCUGGAGAUGAGGUCAUGCAGCAAAACCUGGUUUAUUAUCGUUUCUAUCGUGAACGUUGGCAUCUGGAAGAGGAUGACUUCAACCCACGAACAGAGGCCUUGCGCUAUCACAACUGGACAUCCACACAGAAGAAACUCUUGGAGUUCGCCAGGCAAUAUCUCCAGCCAGAUGAUGAGGGAGAGGUGGAUGAAGGUGAGGAGGUGAAAGAACCAGCACUGCCAUCUGAUGCUGAGUUUGAAAACAUUGGUGACUAUGAAGAGGGAUUUUUGUCUGAGUGGUGGCAGGAGCCAAGAUCGAAAGGUGACAAAGCUGAUGAAGAAAGACUCGAUUGAGCUCCCAUAAUAUCAGCAGGUGAGGGAGAGGCACUGUGGAUUUCUUGUACCUACCAAAAUAGAUGUGGAACUGGAAAGAUGCAUUUUGAUAGCAUUCCAGCAUGUUUUGUGCCUUUUGAACCUCACAUAUCUCCAAAGGCUGGGAAAAUUCCACCAGCAGAACGUCUGUGCAGAAUAUUUAGAUCCACUUCCUCUCCUGCAAAUGGAUUGGUAAAACACAAACACCUCUGAGCUAAUCCAGGGAACACUCUCCCCACUCCCCAGUGGAACCUCAUUUCUAGAAAAGUACUGUGAAUGGGCUUGGAAUAAAAAAUGUCCAUACAAAGGACUGAAAAGAUGCCAGUGCUGCAUUUAUUUCUGGUUUUAUCUGUUCUGCUGUUGUGACCUCAGAUACGUUGGGAACCAAAGUUCUUACCCAUCUAUGAAAGCACACACUCGGAAUGUAGUGAUCUGCGUAACUGGAUUUUCUGUGUCCUAGAUUUUCCUGGGACUAAAUGCCCUGUUUGCCCAAAAGGAAGACAACCCCACCUCCCAAAUAAUUAACUUUUAAGUGUGUGUAUAGAAGAAAAGUCAUCAUCUCUUAUCUGCAGAGAAGAGGCAGUUGCUUUUGUCUUACCGAGUCUGUGUGGGUGAAGUUUAUGGAUGAGAGAGCCUUCUCCGUGGACUUCACAGAUAUAGGUAGUCCCCAGUUUAAGAAUGAGUUUCGUUCCCAAGGUUUGUCCUUAAGUUGAAUUUGUAUGUAACU